UCAAAUUCACACGCCAUGAUGAGAAUCUUGUACGAGGGGCAAGUUCUCUGCUUGAACAAGUGUUUCCACUUUGCAGACACACUCGGGGGCGUGAGGCCCUCCACAUGCCUACUUCAUGUCAGCAUGGCACUCACGGGGUGGAAACAUGGCAGAACCACCCGGUUGGACCAUGGCCGUGUCCCGCAGGCUGGACACCUCGGAGAAACGCCCCUCAGGACAUCGUUGGACGCCAGGCCCGGGUGCACGCCUGAACACGUGCGCCUCAAGUCGUCCGGGGUGAACUUCUCCAGAGUCAAAACAAUGCUCUUCCUGCUGGGCAUGACUCUGACCUUCCUGGUCACGGCCUCCAAAGUCCUGACGUGGGACAAGAAGGGACUGCUGAGCGCCGGCUAUCAACUCAAAAGUGACAACUUCUCCAGCGGCAGUGCCGCAGCAGCGACGGCGGCGCUCUCCUCAGAAAGGACUUCAGUGGACAUGAAGCAGCUAAUGAGGAUAAUCCACCCUAAAUUGGAAUACCCACCCAGGAGGGCUCCUGAGGAAAAGGACAUCAUCGAGACGGACCCUCAGUUGUUCUCUGUCAUCCCUCGCCACUUCCUGCCGGGGAUCAAAAGCCCCUGCUGGUACCAGGAGGUCUCAGGCGAGACUGGCGACGAUCCCUACAAGAGGAACCUCUUCGCCGUGCGCUCCAAGAGCUUCAUGGGCGUGAGCGAGCAGCUGAGGUCCAACUUCCGCCUGCGCCGCCGCGACGGCCGGCGGUUCCGCCUGCGAUGCCUGCCUUACUUCUACAUCAUCGGCCAACCCAAAUGCGGCACCACAGACUUGUUCUACAGGAUGCUGCUGCAUCCCCAAGGCCGCUUCAACUUCAUGAAGGAGCCACACUGGUGGACCAGGAAACGCUUCGGUUACAUCCGCUUCAAAUACGGCUCCCAGAGAAGAUUCCCCGUGGAAGACUACCUGGAUCUCUUUGACCUGUCAGCCCACAACAUUCACGCACCCAGUAGUGGAACCCCCCCACGGACCGCCCCUUGCAGCUCCUCACAGGUGAACAGGUGUGAAAGUGGUGAGGCCAGUGCAUCCACCAUGUGGGACAACCAAGUGUGGAGGUAUCUCCAUGGCGACGGGGAGGAGACAGAGCCCCCAUUCCUGGUCCAGGACUUCAUCCACACGGCCCAGCCGGGGGCCAAGGUCAUCGUAAUGCUCCGAGACCCUGUAGAGAGGUUGUACUCGGACUACUUGUACUUCAACGCGGCCAACAAGUCAGCAGAGGACUUCCAUCAGAAGGUGGUCAGAUCUGUCAAGCUCUUUCAGUCCUGUCUUCUGGGGAGGUCUCUCCGGUUCUGUGUGUACAGCACCAGCCUGGCCAACUCCCUUCAGGUGAGGCUCAACCUGGGCCUCUACAUCGUCUUCUUGCUGGACUGGUUGAGCGUCUUCCCCAGGGAGCAGAUCCUGGUUCUCCGCCUGGAGGACUACGCUACAAACCUCGAAGGCACGCUGGACCAAGUCUUCUCUUUUCUGGAAGCAGGUCCUUUACCCAAAGAAGCCAAGGCGGCGCUGGUCCAAAGGCCGUCGUCCAACACCCGGCGAGCGGCCGACAAGAACCUGGGCCCCAUGCUGCCGUGCACCAGGAGGCUCCUGGGGGACUUUCACCAGCCCUUCAACCACAAGUUGGCCUCUGUACUCCAGGACCAGGCCUUCCUUUGGACUGACUCUUGACUUCCUUCCCAGAAAGACACUCAGUCAGGUUUGCAUUCUGCUAUUUAUUUCUUUGGAGAGAGAUUGUGUAUUUUUUAUUAUUAUCAAACAGUCCAACAAAAUAAUACACUAAUGCAAUAACAAUAAACCAAACCAGUAAUAUUCAGAAUAGCAACCAACAGAGCAAUUAAGGACACACACACAUGACACAAAACAAUCCAAAAGUAGUCAAACAAAAAUGAAUAUCAACAACAGUAUCAAUAAUAAUAAUAAUUGUAACAUAGCAGUGAUUUAUAAAAAAAAUCUAAUAAAAACAUUUUUAAAAUGA